GAUUUGCUCAAUAAACUACGAAGGAAAGACGAAAGAAAAGAGAGGACAAGGGUCUUCUUCUCGCUGGCUCGUUCGUAAUAGGAGGAAAGAGGCAGAGGCCGAUCGAGAGGCGAGUGCGUGAGAUCCUUCUUUCGUCUCACAAAAAAGCGUGACCUUGACCGCUCGGGAUCGCACAGAUCGUUUUGAUCCUGUUCGGGCAGCCCAUCAAAUUUGGGGGCGGUGAGUGGAAAUAUGCACUGCUGAUUGAGUGGAGCUUCGGGGUUGAUUUGGGUGCCGGCGCUUGCUGUUUUUCUUUUUCUUUUACAGAGAUAACGACCAGCUGAACGGAUUUUGGAACUUGUCUAGCAAUUUGUUAAACAUUUCCUUGGAUAUCUAUGGAAAAGGCAAAGGAAGAACCAUGAGGUUAAAGGCAGUGUCUGCCAGCUAAGGCAACCAUUAACUAUGAGACUUGUGCCCCUGAAGAGACAUCCUUAAGAUCUCAGACUGUUGUUAUUUUCCAACUUAAAUAUCUUACCUUCAAGCAUGAUUAAGCAGAUACUAAACCGGCUCCCAAGGAAACCGUCAAAAUCAUCUGAUAGUUCAGUUGGUGGAUCGGUUCCUCCGACCUCUUCUUCUAGCAGUUCGAGGAGUGGAGAUUUGCAAGGCAAUAGGACCACAAGUCUCAACAGUCAGGUCCCUCCUGGUUCAAAUCCUGGGUCAAAUCAUCUAAAUACAUAUUCUCUAUCUGUUAAUUCGAGAUUGAAUGGGAACUAUGUCCCAAUAUAUGAAGCAUUGCCUAGCUUUAAGGAUGUUCAACAGUCUGAGAGGCAGAGUUUGUUCAUUAAAAAGUUGGACUUGUGUUGUGCUAUAUUUGAUUUCAUUGACCCAACAAAGAACUUGAAAGAGAAAGACAUAAAGCGUCAGACUUUAUUGGAACUUGUUGACUAUGUGACUUCAGCAAGUAGCAAAUUUCCAGAAAAUGUCAUGCAAGAGACAACCAAGAUGGUGUCCAUCAACUUGUUCAGAAACCUAACUAUUCCACCUCGAGAACACAUGGUUUUGGAAAAAAUUGAUGCUGAAGAGGAAGAGCCUGUAAUGGAUCCAGCAUGGCCUCACUUGCAGGUUGUCUAUGAGUUUUUUCUACGGUUUGUUGCAUCUCCUGAGACUGAUGCUAAGUUGGCAAAAAGGUAUAUAGAUCAUUCCUUUGUUCUUAAGCUCCUUGAUCUAUUUGAUUCUGAAGAUCCUAGAGAGAGGGAGUACUUAAAGACGAUACUGCAUCGUAUCUAUGGAAAAUUUAUGGUGCACCGACCCUACAUCAGAAAAGCUAUAAACAACAUAUUUUAUCGUUUUAUCUUUGAGACAGAAAAACACAAUGGGAUUGCUGAGCUAUUGGAGAUUUUAGGAAGUAUCAUCAGUGGGUUUGCAUUGCCAUUAAAAGAAGAGCAUAAAUUAUUCCUUGUACGGGCCCUGAUCCCACUUCACAAGCCAAGGUGCAUAGCAAUGUACCAUCAGCAAUUAUCAUAUUGCGUAACUCAAUUUAUUGAGAAGGAUUGCAAACUUGCUGAUACUGUUAUAAGGGGCUUAUUGAAAUACUGGCCUCUUACAAACAGUACAAAAGAAGUCAUGUUCUUGGGAGAGUUAGAAGAGGUUCUAGAAGCUACUCAGCCUGCAGAUUUUCAACGAUGCAUGGUUCCACUUUUCUACAAGAUUGCUCGAUGUUUGAACAGUUCUCACUUUCAGGUGGCAGAAAGAGCAUUGUUCCUUUGGAAUAAUGAUCAUAUUGAGAACUUGAUUAAACAGAACAACAAGGUCAUACUACCUAUCAUCUUUCCUGCAUUGGAGAGAAACUCAAAGAGCCACUGGAAUCAAGCUGUUCAAAGUCUCACACUCAACGUUCGCAAGAUUUUCUCCAGUCAUGAUCCUGAUCUAGUAGCCGAGUGCUUGAAGAAGUUUGAGGAAGAUGAAGCGAAAAACAAUGAGAUUAUUUCAAAACACGAAGCAACAUGGAAGCGCCUUGAAGAAGUUGCUGCUUCAAAUGCUGCAAAGGGUGUUAUCUCACCCAACUACUUCCAGAUUGGCUGAUUUUGCCCAAUACUUUGGGAUCUAGAAUACAGGCCUAAAUGGUCAAUAGAGCGAUUGGAGAAGAGAAGAAAAGAUGUCAAAUCUGGGAGCCAACCAAUUAUUACUUGAGGAAGAGCUGGAAUGAUUAAAUUUGAUGGUGAUAUGCAAAAUUGCAGGCUUCUGUUUUGCCACUUGCUGUAUUCUGAGUUGUUUACAACUUGUUUAGUGUUUUUAUUGAAGCAGUUUUUAUUUCUUGUGAAUGUGGCCAUGGUUAAGGUUCUUGAAUGGAUUUGAUACCUUUUUCUGUUGUUAUGUAGCAGACUUAACUCAUUAUUGGAUUAAGGUUGCUAUGCUUAUGUUGAUAUUAACACAA